GUUUGACAUCGAUAAAUGCGUGCGAGUGCUCGCGAAGCGCGGAGGUGCCAAGCUGUCGCUCGCCCGCUCGCUCGGUCGUUCCGUGCGUCCGUUCAUACGUUUGUCGUCCGCGUGAAAACGUCGUCCGCGUAAAAUCGUUCGCGUUUGCAGUCGCUUGGCCGUUCGAACCGUCGUGUCGUCCGUUCACUCUUCGUCGCCGUGACCGUCGCUCGCUCGUUCUCCAUUCGCGUACGGUAUUGUUCGUUGUCUGAUCGGCUCCCACCCCGCUGUCGCCGCCACCGUGCGCCCCUCCGCCCCUGUGGGAAACCUGUGUGAAAAGGAGAGAGAAGGAAAAAGAGUGAGCAAGCUACUAGUGGUGAUCGCGGAUAAAUGUGGUGAAACGCAGUGAGAGGAGAGAAGAGGAAGAGCAGCGGGAGAAGCAAAGGGAGAAGAGCACGGUCGCGGCAACAGGAGGAGGAAUUUUACAACGACUGGACAAUCGCGAUCAAGGUGGAGAGGAGAAGAAAGGGAGCAGCGCGGGAUCUCCGACGUGUUUUUAAAAGGACGCCGAACGCUAAAAAGGGGGGAGAGUUCGUGUAAAGUUUUGCGUGCGAUCGACGGUCGACCGAUAGGAAGAAGAUAGGCGACUCGCCGGACCACCACGUAGGGAGGGACAUCGAAAGCUGGAGAUCUACUUCGCGGCGAGGGGCGAAUAAUUAACCUGGAAGCGCGGGAUCUCCGUCGAGAGAGAGACGAGACGGCGAUCGACGACGGUGAAGACGGAAAGGAGGGGACCUCUGACUCGGGACACUCGUUGACCUGUCGUCUACGUUGAUCGCAAACGACGGGCGCGAAGGAGAGACCGUUCGAGAAUCAAACGGGAGCGGCGGCGUAGUAGAAGCAAGAAACUUUCCGCGUAUCCCGUCUCUCUCUCGGCCUCGGUUGCCGCCGCUGUUGCCGCCGCCACCGUCGUCCGCGGAUUGGCGCACGCAUACACACACACACACACAUAUAAACACGUUCGCGCGCGGCGUGCGUCGGUGUCAUCAUCGCAGUGUCACUCGUGUGCGUGUGUGUGUGUGUGUGUGCGGGCGCGCGCGCGUGCGUCCCGGUGCGCGCAGUUACACGCGGCCGAGGGUAGCCGACGUGCGGCGAAGUCGCUCGAGGCGGCGCGGCGCGGCGGCCGAAGGCAUCACGAUUACGUAUCUCGCCGGCUCUCCCUCUCCCCUCCCGCGCGCUCCUCCCCGCUGUGCCUGUGCGCCCGUCGUACGCGCACGUGCGCGCGCGCGUCGUGCGUGUGAGGAGGCCCGGGUGUGCGUUCCCCCCGUGUGUGUGCGCGCGCGCGUGUGUGUGCGUGCGUCCAUCCAUCCCCGGCACGUGUGUCGCUUGCGCGGGAGCGCGCGGCAAGAGAAGAGGGGAACCGAGCGCGGACGGAAGCAGCCAGGAUUACUCCAAACCAAGGAAAUAUGAGCAUUGCUGCCCUAUUGCAAGCCGCCGAGUACAUUGAACGAAGGGAAAGAGAAGCUGAACAUGGCUAUGCUUCAACGAUGCCAAUACCCGAUGAUAUGCGGACGAUUACAAAGAGGCCAAAGACGAAGAAGUCCCAAGGCAGCAGGUUCGUGUCUGCUAAAAUAUUUUUGUCGAGCAACAGCACACAGAGAACGACUCAUAAUGAAUUGGAGAAAAAUAGGAGAGCCCACCUUAGGACCUGUCUCGAAAAGCUGAAGCUGCUAGUGCCACUUGGGCCUGAAACCUCGAGGCACACCACAUUGGGUCUUUUGACCAAGGCCAAACGUUUUAUCAAGAGCCUGGAGGACCGCGAACGUAAGCACGCCCUACACAAGGAGCAGCUGUCGCGCGAGCACAGGUUCCUGAGACGGCGGCUCGAGCAGCUGACGAACCAGACCGGCCUGCACGGCCUUCAUGCGCUUCACGGCCUCCACGGGCUCAGCACGAGUGCGCCGACCGGCUCCGUUGCCGCCGCCGCCUCCGCGGCGAUGCUGUCCAAGCGGCGCAGUAUUUCCGAGUGCUCCCUGGGCACGGCGUCCACCAGCUCGGCUGCAAGUUCCAGCAACUCGGACAGGUCUGCAGGUAGCCCAUCCAUCUCGGAGUCCGAUGAAGUGGACGUGAUUGGUUACACGAGCAAUCAAUCAGACACCGACGAUCAUAGUAGCGUACAGAGUAGUAGCGACAGCGGUGUCGCGAUGUCCACCUCCAGACUGACUCUUUCCGAGAUGAUGGACAAUCUUUAGAUGCUUAGGAAGACGGAGGAUACACACUGAAGAAGUGAGUGUGACGACAGAUCUUUUUUUAUAAGUCCUGUAGGCCGAGAUCGGCCAGUCGUAUCUCGAAGAUCGUCCUCCUUUAAGGUGUUCCCCCGUUUUUGAACACCCUUCAGAGAAAGAGCUAUCAACGGUAGAAACUCCGCAAGGUUUCAUCAUUUAUUAGCACCUUUAAAGUUGAGUAUCCGAAUAGCUCAUUUUCAGUCACUUAUAACGAUAGGCUAUUGGUGUCUCAACUUUUUCGAGCGAUGGUUAUAUAAUACUUAUAUAAUUGAGUGUUUAUAUAUGUAAUACCCUGUACAUCUGAAAGUGAUGUACUUGUAAAAGAUGAACUAAAAGUUACAUAUAAGUUAGGGAGAAUUUAAAGAGCUAUCGGUGUAUCAACAUUUUUGGGCGCAAUAGUUGUGCUCUGUAUGUUGAAGCGAUGUCUUUAUAAAAAAAAAAAAAAAAUAGUAACGAAUACAAAGUAAGUUAGAAGCUACUUAAAGGAAGUGAAUACAGUGAAAAUAGGAAAAGAAAAAGUGAGGGAGGAAGGACGAGAGAGUGGGAUGAGAAAUGCGAAUUUUGCGUGGCAAGACUCCUUCAGACGAAAAGUGCGGUCCUUUUCUCGGUCGUUGUUGAGCCACGCGAGUCUUACGCGAGAAGAUGAGGGUUCUCACCCAAUCUCUCAUCCUCUUUAUAUAUUACGAUAUACAAUACAAGAUGACGGGGAGGAUGAUCUUCGAGCAAAUAGGCGCGAUAAAGAGGUAAAAGAUAGAGGGAGAGGGAAGAAUAGGGCGAUGAUAAUAAAGAAGGGUGAUAAACGAAAAGAGGAGAUAAUAAUGAUGGCGAAUAUGUCCUCGCUAAAGCGAGAGACUCGACGUUGUACAGUCUCGUCAAUUUUUGCGUAGCAAUGUUCGAUUUUUGAGAUUCAAAGAUAUUUUGACUUUGAUAACAGAAGGCUUCAAGGAUCUUCAGCGAGGAAAAAAGAACGAAGAUACGAGAGGCUUACCGUCUCGUAAAAAAACUAAUGAUUAUUUCCUCGCAGAGUUUGAAUUUCAUCCCAGGAUCCAGGAUUCUCUUUUUAAUUCAAGAUUAAGAAAUCUAAUAUUUACGAUCUUACGAUGUAAAAAAAAUUGAGAAUCUUGGAUCUAAAAAUUCUAUGACUCGGCAUUUGAGAAACUUGACGGCUCAAAUAAUUUGAAAGAAACCUCCAAUGGUUUUGAUUUCGAUUUCUUUUUUUGGGAUCUUUGAGAACUCAAAAGCCGAUGAAUACAUAGAAUAGGAUGAUAGAAAAAUUGUCAGGGAACUUGUAAAUCCAUGGACAGCCUAUAAGGGAAUUCUUAAAGCUUCAAGGUAGCUUUAAAGCUUCUCAAGAAUCCAAGAGUUUUAGAUUUCGAGUAAAAAGAGUGUUCCAGUACUCCAAGAAGUAGUCCAAAGAAUAUAAAAUCAAGAAUAUAGGGAUAGCCAUGGAUUUAGAGUAUAAAAAAGAUGGAGAUAUCUCAGGACUUGGAGAUCCAAGAGCCUUCAUAAUUGUUAUACGCAAAAGUUGACGAGCAUAUUGUUAAUAUACACGAUCCAAAACAGAAAAGUAAAUAAAUCGACGACGAAAUCACUUUAAUAAGCAAGCUAGCAAAAGCAACCAAGCAAAAGUUAAAAAAAAAAUAAAAAAAGAAAGACGAAUUGUAAUAGUAGAAUGAAGUGAAGUAACUGUGGUUUGGGCUAAUUAUAUACUCGUCGGUUAUUUUCCUUAGCUCGGAUUAAUGACAGUUUAACAGUGUCAUGUCGUCCAGUGAUACUUGUCGAGUGCUUGUCUAAAAAAUGUUUAGAUCUCGAAGUGUGUCCAGUAGUUGUUCGAAAUAGGAUGAAGUGGGAUAAUUGUGCAAUCGAUACCAGAGAGUAAUUAAAGUAUUUUUUAUUUUUUGAUAAAAUGAUUGAUUACUCGAUCAAAGGAUCGAGGAAUUUCCUCCAAAAUGAAAAUUGAUUUAUGGAAGAUUAUUAUAAGAUCAUAAUAAAGAGAAUAACAAUUCCGUAAGUUCUUAAAUAUAAAUGUACAAUAUUCGAUCAAUUGCAAAAAGUCAAUUGCAUAUUUUGAAUAAUUUAGUAGACAGAUACUUCUAUCACUUUACAGUUUACUUCAAUCAAAAAUUCAAUUUUAUCUUACUAUAAGUAUAAGAAAACAAAAUUCGAAAUAUUUGCGUGAGAUACACAAAUAGCCCAUUUCACCUUAUACGAAUCACGAACAAUCGGAGUCGAUUGAAAGAAUGAAUGAGAGAAUGAAAGUGGAAGAGGCGUAAAGAGAUAUUGAGAGAGAGAGAGAGAGAGAGAGAGAGAGAGAAAUUUGAAAGAAACAAAGAUAUAACAUUAUAAAGUACUAUUUAAACGAAUGUGAGUGUGUGAAUGUAUGGUAAUGAAAUAUUCAAGACCGAGAAAGAAAGAGAGAGAGAGAGAGAGAGAGAGAGAGAGAAUUUUGAAUUUUACGAAAAAAAUGGCUAAAGUGAACCGAAGUAAGAUCAUCAAGUGCAACACAAUGGUCGCAAUAAGUGAAGUUAAAAAUGAGACCAAUAUUAAGAGCGAUGCAAGAUAUUUGUAUUCUAAUCAUUAGUUUGAGAUUGUAAAAUCUAAAAAAGGAGAAAAAAAUUAUAAAAAGAAAACGGAGAACAUGAGCUAUUCUCUUAAACGAAUGCUUGAACAUCUUGCAUCGUGAUUAAAAUUGAUUGUGCGAGUUUUGCGCGAUGAUUCCGAAAUGAGAUGAGUCCGGUUGGUGAUUUGAAGGUUGAUUUGAAUUAGGAAAGCAUUUCUGUCAAUUCGUCGAUACUGUCGCGAUAUUCGAUGAUCGAUAGUAAUUAAUGCUUAGGGGAUGGAUGCGUGGGAAGGCAAGCUAGAUUGAGUCUUGCGCGAUUUAUUACGGUUAAAAUACUGACUGGUUGAUUGCCGUUGUGCGAAGUGAGACGACUGUUGAAGAAAAAGAAGAAGAAAAGGAAGGGCAACCAUCACUUAUUAUAUAUUAUUGUACAUAUUUACUUGUAAUUGCUAUUCGUAUCGCAGAGGUUUCUGUUCUCUCAAGAUCAUUUUCUCGAUGAUUCAGCGGAAAAAAAUGACAAAAAAAAUAUGAAUAAAGUUA